CAUCUGGGCUGGGCUCCACCACUCCCAGUGUGCUCUUAGCUCUGUGUGAGGCCUAGGGCCCUGGAGGACAUCUUGCAUUUCCUCCAGCAACCAUCAUGCAAGGUGGUGCUGGGAACUGCUCUUUUGCUAGGAAGUGGAGGCCUCAUGCUGUGGGCUCAGAGGAAGAAAAGGAAGGCCACCACAGAGACUACAGAAGACAAGCCUCCGGAAUGCCACAGACCAAAUGACAGCUGGAUCAAAUCCCACUUCAGCCGCCUCUCUGAAGAGAAGUUGCCCGCCUACCGCCAUGUCAGCAACAGUGGGUACUCACCCGAAGGCAAGCAUGGGGAGGCCAAUAAUACCACCCUCCACGUGGACACCGUUACCACCAAACACGGAGAAGGGGGCGUGGCUCUGCACCGAGAUUCCUUUGCCAGCAAACAGAAGAUAUCUGGGACCUCAGUGUCCAAAGAGAUGCAGAGGGAGUCAGGAAAGUCCCCGUCCAUGGAGAAUGACACCUGGGCUGCUGUGGCAGCUUGUACAAAGGAGAUCGACGCCAGGGGGCAUCAUGUGGCUAAUUCCGUGCUACAGCGUUCCCCAGAGUAUCAUUCUACAGGCCAUGCCGAGUCCAGGAACAUUAGCCCGGAAGAUCUGAAGGCUUUGGAGGAAAUAGAGUUAAAGCUGAAAGGGAAUUUCCUAACUCACCGUGAAACCGUCACAGCUGGUGCCAACCAAACACACACUGUCUAUAACCAGAAUCACCAUGGUAACCAAAGCCACCAAAGCCACAAUACCUAUCCAUGCCACCAGAACAGCCAGAGUCGUUCUGUUCACUACCAGGGUCAUCAUCCAAGUCACUUGAGCCACCAGGGUUAUCCAAGUUACUCAAGUCACCAGAGUCAUCCGGGCCACCCAAGCCAGCAGGGUCAUUCGAGCCAUUCAAACCAACAGAGUCAUCUGGGCCUCUCAAGCCAGCAGGGUCAUCCAAGUCACUCAAGUCAUCAGAGUCACCAGGGUCAGCCAGGACACCCAAACCAUCAGAGCCAUAGCCUGGUCAACCGCAGAAACCAAAUUUAUGACUCUUAAAGCCACUUAACCAUGAGUCCCUUCCCCCCAGCAGGGCUGGCUCUCAUGAACAGGCCUGUUUUCUCUUCUAUGGGGAAACCUACGCGGUCAGGGUGAGAGACUGCCAACCAAACCCCUGCUUCCUCUGGCCCCAGCAGAGGUCAGGAGGGAGGGAGGAAAGGACGCAGCUCCAACAGCCCAAGGGCCCCGGAGACCCAUGAGAGAAGACAUGAGGCAGAUUACAGGAGCAACCACAAGUCCUACACUGACUCCACAUGCCUGAAUGGAGCUAAUAAAGCCCUGCAUACCCUCA